AUGUUUGCUGAACAAAUGCUCAUGAAGAUGCAAACGAAUAGUUUCAGGACUCACUCUGAACAUUUCUGCAAGUUAUUGGCAUGUUGUCCUGGAAUUUGCGUCCACAACCUGUCGAAGAUCGUCGUUGUUCAUGAUUUUUGGUCUCCCUGAGCGCG